AUGUCAGGCGAGCCUCGCCUCUCGCUCGGACGGCCGUACCGACGGGCCCAGCCGGACGCCGUGCGCGCGACGGACGCAGAUGCGCUCCUGUCCCGGCUGUCGGCGUGUCGAGCGGGAUACCUGCCGCCUGACGCCUACGCCGACAUGCUGCGGGGCCAUGCCGAGGCGCCUCACCGUCCUCCGAUCAUCAAUAUCGGCACGUAUCUGCGGGCCAGCGAGGUCGAUGCACAUGUACAGCACUUCAUCGAGACUGGCGCUUGCGGGCGCCCCUACACGCCCGCACCGCGCGUCCAGAUCGUCAGCCUCGGCGCCGGCAGCGACACGCGCUUCUGGCGCCUGCGUCACGCGCGCCUCGCCAGGUACGUCGAGCUCGACUUUCCCUCGACGACGUCGCAAAAAGCCGCCGCCAUACACGCGCAUCCAGCCCUCCGCCAUGCGCUCGAAGACGCACGCGUCACCGCAGACGGCCUCGUGUCGUCGCCGUACGUGCUCCUCGGCAUCGACAUCCGCACCCUCCCUCAUGGCACGUGGCAACGAGUCGCCACGUACCUCGAUCCAGCGCUGCCGACGCUGCUCCUGUGCGAAUGUGUGCUCGCCUACAUGGACAUCGAGGUGGCCAAUGCCGCGCUGCGCGCGUGCCUCGCGACCCUGCCCCGCGCCAGCAUCCUCAGCUACGACAUGUGCAUCAGCAGCGACACACCCCACGCUGCGCCCACGCGCUUCGGCCAGGUCAUGCUCCAAAACCUCGCUGCCCGCCAGCUCACGCUGCCGGGCGCACGGGGAUGCACAUCCACGGCCGCCUACGUCGAGCGCUUCCAGCACCUCGCCGGAAGCGCCUCCCACCUCGAGUGCCACGCCUAUACGCUGCGCGAGUCAUGGCACCAACUCGGGGACGAGGAACGCAGGCGCGUCUCGAUGCUCGAGCGUCUCGACGAAGUCGAAGAACUCGAAAUGCUGCUGAAUCAUUACUGCAUUGCGUGGAUAGAUCGGGCUAUUGUACAGUAG